AUGUUGAGGGUGAUUUUCCUGUUGGGCUUAUUGGUUCUUUUGUCUCAGCAUAAUCUAUGCAAAGGUCAUGCUGAAGAUGAUCUUCACCCCGCUCUUGUCAAUGCGAAUGAGAGAAAGAUCGACGUUUAUGUUGGGCCGAGCAGCGAUUUCAAGACGAUCCAGGCCGCCAUCGAUGCUGUUCCACUGGAGAACAAGCGGCGCUACAUAAUCCAUGUCGCCAGCGGAGUUUAUCGCGAGAGAGUCACGAUUCCAGCAAGCAAGGAUUUCAUCACGCUCUUGGGCGACUUUGAUGACAAGUUUGCGACGAUUGUUGUGUCCGCUGGAAACGAGCCCACACUCUCAGUUCAGGCAAAAUACUUUGUUGCGCAGUUCAUCACAUUCAAGGAGUGUAAUAUCGUCUCCAACUCGAGGAACAACACUGGAGGGAUUACUCUUCAGUCUAAGCCAGAGGGAUCAUGGGGUUACUCGUUCGUCAACAGCUACUUUGGAGGAACUGGGCAACUGUCUUUCGGCCACCCUUGGAAAGAUUUUGCCCGCGUUGUGCUUAUCAGUAGCUAUUUUGACGAAGUUGUAACUCCAAACAACUGGGACAGAUGGCCAUACAACAAUGGCAAUGGGAACGUUUUGUUUGCUGAGUACGAUAGUCAGGGUCCAGGGGCUGUCCCCACGAAGCUUGCCAAUUGGGUGAAACACUUGAGCGAAGAAGAGGCUCAGGACUACAGCAGUAUUGCGUUUGUGGAUGGGGAAGAAUGGCUGUUCUUGGAAGUCUAA